GGAGGCAAAUGAGAAAUUGAUGAAUCGACACGCGUUUACGUUUGAGCUGGACGAAAGCCAAUACUUAAUUAAAAUUAGGUUCGAACUGUACGCCUGUCCUAUUGUUCCAUUUUUCUCUUUUAGUAUGAGAUAACGUGUUCGGUGCUUGUGAACGUGAGAAUAGAAAAAUACACCAAAAAAUAUACCUACCUAUUUAUUAUUAUUCCGUAUACUCGCGUAUGUUAAAAAGCUCUCAAGUUACAACUCGCGGUGGAAAUUUCCUCGUCAACUAGGGAAUUCGCGUUUCGGUUACAGUUUUGCUAUAUGUCUGCCAAUAACGAUGAAGAACAAGCGACAGCUUUACAAAAUUUAUUCGGAUAUUGAAUCAUUCAACCUGCAGUUAAAGAGCCAGAAAAGACACCAAGAAGCGGGAAAAACAUCAGUCGAAAUUUCAUCGGAAGCAGCAGUAGUAGUAUGGGUAAUUCGGAAUCGAGAAAACCAACAUCCCAAAGUAGCGUAGCCGGAAGCACGUCGAGCUGGGACGAUCGGCAAACUACCACAUACGAGAAGCAUAAAGAGGAAACGACAGAUUUAUCCAGAUGGUCGAGUCAUACACAUAAUAAUACUACUAGCGACGAUAAUAAUAUAAACAACAGAAAGCACGAGGUUGAUUUACAAGUAUUAGGACAAAAUGGUGGUACAACGCCAGAAAUUACAACUAAAAACCAUCCCGAUUCUAACGAGUCGAAUAAAACUAAUUCGAAGCUUGUAAACCGGCAGGAAAUAGUACAAUCGGUGGAACAAGACGUCGAGAAGAAAUUACACAGUGAUACUUGGCAAAACGUAAACAUCGUCGCACCUAAAGAAAACAACAUCAUCAAGUCGAUGGAUUCGGAAUUGUUCAAAUAUGCUGAUUUACAAACAGUAAAUAACAAAUCGUUAGCAUCGAAUGAUGAUUUUCAAUGCAAAAACACAACUAAUAUCAAUUGUGAUACGUACUCGGUUGAGAAAACAUCACCUAACGAUGAAAACGUAAACAAAAAUUCGCAAUCUGGAAGCUUACCAAAUUGGCCAAAUUCGAUGUCACACGGUUUAACGACCAAUGAAGCAGAAUCGCCGGCGACGAAAUUGUCUCAAGAUAAAUACCCGAGACAAAGGCAUAAUUCGAAUGAAACUUCGCAAGAUGAUACGAAUUAUCACGAGGAUGGUUUUGAUACAGCUCCAAGUUCUCCGACUAACCAAGCUGCUCGAAUAAAUCAAGAAUUAAAAAUUACUGUUUCACCUCGCGAACGCUUUUUUUCAUCGAUUAAACCAGAUCCGGAAAACACCAACGAACAAAAACAAACAUCUUCAUCGUGUCUUCAAAACGAUGCAGAAACUCCAGCUACCGAUAACAAUAUACAAAAGACUGAUGAUGAACCGAUUAAUCAAUCCUGCAAUGGUGAUAUUUGCACGUCAAAAAUUGACUCGAACGAUGACGAAUACUUCGAAGCAGCUGAACAAACUGAUAUCGAACAAAGACCUCUUGCCGAACGUGUGAGUCAUUCAAAGGAAGCUAUUGACUGGAACAUUAAACAAGAAAUUCAACAAUUACCUCAACACGUGGAAGAUUUCUUCAACAGGAAGAAAUCUCGAAGGCAGAUUCCUGAUAUAACGAUCACCGAAAGCUCGGAUAGUGAAAAUGAGAGUGAAAGUGGUGAAGAAAUGGAAAGCUACCCUUGCUACGAGCGAACGUAUCCGUCGAUUUUGUACGAUAUCACCGAAGUUGACGAAUCAUUUUCAGAUGCCAGCGAUAUGGAUUUGAACGAUUUGAAUUCCUAUUCUGAAACUCAUGACAAGAGGAACUUCGUACAGCAAGAAUCAAAAUUCCAAGACCAAAUAAAAACAUUGAAAUGCGAUGUAGAAACAAAAGAUACAGAAAAUAUGCAACUAAGAGGCAAAAUCAACGAUCUGCAGCGUGAAAUCAUGAACAAAACGUGGGAUAUGGAUCGACUUCACGCUGAACUGGCGUCAUUUCAAACAGAAGCUGAUUGCGUUAGAAAAAAAUUACUCAAAGUUGAAGAAGAUUUAAAUAAAUACAAAGCGAAGAAUACCGAGCUGAAUGAAGAACUACUCAAAAAAUUAGAAUAUGAAAGUGAUUUCAAAAAAGUUACCACAUUACAACACGAAGUUGAAAUUCUCAAAUUAAAAAUAUUAGAAUUACAAACCGAAUUGGAAAACUUGAAAAAAGAAAAGCAAGAAAUAUUAAAUAAGUUAAUGGAAUUAGAGAGCGAAAAAAAUGAAAAAAUUAAAACUUUACAAAUGGCUUUAGACGAUACUUUGAAACAAAAACAAAAAAUACAGGCUCGAUUCGAAGAAGAAUACGAAAAACUACGAACGGUGAAUAGUGACCGCGAACAACAGCUUUUAAAUGAUUUCGAAUGGAAAUUACGAGAAGUAGAAUUAACAUGCAAGAAGAAAUUAGAAGAUAAAGAUAAAAGCAACGAAGAUAAAAUUAAACAAGUCAAAAAACAAUUAGACGACGAAAUAAAUGAACUGAAAAAACAAAUAAACGAACUAGAAAAAAUAAAAACAUACGAAGCUGAGGUAACUCAGUUACGAGGCCUAACCCAUGAACAGCAACGUUCAUUAAGAAUGGCCACACGAGCCACCGAACAAUUACAAUCCAACGAACGUACAUUAAACGAAGAAAUUGAACGAUUACGUUCCACAUUGGAAAAAGAAAGAACGCAUUUGGCGACCGUUCAGGGAAUCCACAGCAGAGAGAUCGCAGAAAAGGAUAGAAAACAUUCUUUCAAAUUAGAACAACAAAAGAACGAAAUUAAUUCCGAGUGGGAAGACAAAGUUCGCCGAGAAACCACAAGACUGAAAUUAGAAAUGGAACGAGCUCACAAAGAAGAAAAACGUAAUUUAAUCGAAGAAACUAAAAUUAAAACUGAGAAACAAUUACAAGAGAAUAGCCAAAUUUGGGAAAAGAAAUUGCUCGAUAGUAAAAAACAAAUGGACGAAUUGGAAGAAAAAUUAUCCAAUAAGGAGGAUACUUACCGAAAAGAAUUACUCAGACUGCAAACUAAUUCCGAUCGUGAUAUGUUAGAAUUAAGAAGAAAAUUAGAUAAAAUGGAUCUGGUCUAUCAAGAACAGCUUGAAAAGAAACAAGAACAACAUGAACAAGAAAUUGAAAUGUUGCGCGAAUCCUGUGAGAAAAAAAUUCAACAGAAUGAACAAAAUUGGUCUCAACAAAUAUCUUCAACCAGAGCUACUUUAGAGUUGGUGAAAGAGCAAUUACAACGUGAAUCUGAAGAUCAACUCGAAGCUUUAAGUAAAAAAUAUCUGUUGCAAUUAGAGCAACAAUACGAAAGACUGAUAAGAGAAAAAGAAGAAACGAUAGAAGGGCUCAAACAACAAUACACCUCCGAAAUGUACUCGCUACAAAAUCAACUCAACGAGGAACUAAAGGCUGAAAAAAGCAAAGAAGACGAGCUUCAAACCAUAAUCAAUCAACUCAAAGAAGAACUCAGUCUGAAGACUCAAGCCGAAGAAGAGGUGCAGGAAAAUGUCGACUCACUCCAUCGCACAAUUUCAGACCUACAAGAAAAAAUUUCAACGUAUGAUAAUUUAUCAAAAGAAGCGGACGCGUUAUUAAAGAAAAGGGAAGCUGAACAUAAUCACGCAAUUUUCGAAAUGAAAGAACGCUACGAAAAUGAAAUCAAACUGUGGCAAUCUAAAUUUAGCACUGCUACGACGAAUAACAAAGAAACUCCUACCGGAUCUAAACACCCUGAAAAAUCAUCUGAGAGUGGUUCAAAAUCUGAAGAAUAUAACGCUUCGAAUAUUGAUAGACAGUCUAGAUCUUCUCGACGUAAAAAUCGAGGUAGGAAUAAAGGACAGAAGAAUCAACAUCAACAACAACUGAAUCAUCAGUUUUCUUCUUCAUCGCUGUGAACACUUUUAAAUUAAGUUUAUUUUAAUGAAUAUUGUUAAUUUAUUCGAAUAGAUAUUUUUUUACCAUUGUGCAUUAA